AUGUCUGCUACCAACGGCACCAACGGCGUUCACGCCGAGCUCUCCUCAUGGAAGCACUACAACGAGGGUUCUUUCCUCUUCACUUCCGAGUCCGUCGGCGAGGGUCACCCCGACAAGAUCGCUGAUCAGGUUUCCGACGCUAUCCUCGAUGCUUGCCUCAGGGAGGACCCCCUCUCCAAGGUUGCUUGCGAGACUGCCACCAAGACCGGUAUGAUCAUGGUCUUUGGUGAGAUCACCACUCAGGCCAAGCUUGACUACCAGAAGGUCGUCCGUGAUGCCAUCAAGGACAUCGGCUAUGAUGACUCUGCCAAGGGUUUUGACUACAAGACCUGCAACUUGCUCGUCGCCAUUGAGCAGCAGUCUCCCGAUAUCGCUCAGGGUCUUCACUACGAGAAGGCUCUCGAGCAGCUCGGUGCUGGUGACCAGGGUAUCAUGUUCGGCUAUGCCACUGACGAGACACCCGAGCUCUUCCCCCUCACUCUCCUCUUCGCCCACAAGCUGAACGCUGCCAUGUCUGCUGCUCGCCGCGACGGUUCUCUGCCCUGGCUCCGACCCGACACCAAGACCCAGGUCACCAUUGAGUACAAGCACGACAACGGUGCCGUUGUCCCUCAGCGCGUCCACACCGUUGUUGUUUCCGCUCAGCACUCUCCCGAUAUCUCCACUGAGGAGCUCCGCAAGGAGAUCAAGGAGAAGAUCAUCAAGAAGGUCAUCCCCGCCAAGUACCUCAGCGACGAGACCAUCUACCACAUCCAACCCUCUGGCCUCUUCAUCAUUGGUGGUCCCCAGGGUGACGCUGGUCUGACCGGCCGAAAGAUCAUCGUCGAUACCUACGGUGGCUGGGGUGCCCACGGUGGUGGUGCUUUCUCCGGUAAGGAUUUCUCCAAGGUCGAUCGAUCUGCUGCCUACGUCGGCCGAUGGAUUGCCAAGUCCCUCGUCAACGCCAAGCUCUGCCGACGUGCUCUUGUCCAGCUCUCCUACGCCAUCGGUGUCGCUGAGCCUCUCUCCAUCUACGUCGACUCCUACGGCACUUCCGAGAAGACCUCUGAGGAGCUUGUCCAGAUCAUCCGAGACAACUUCGACCUCCGACCUGGUGUCAUUGUCCGUGAGCUCAACCUGGACCACCCUAUCUACCUCCAGACUGCCAAGAACGGCCACUUCGGUACCAACCAGUCCUUCAGCUGGGAGCAGCCCAAGGAACUCAAGUUCUAA